UGGCAGGAGGCAGCACAGGGCUUCCUCAUCUCUACCCUGCUCUCACUCAACUUCCGACCACCCAAACCCGGGAGAAGACCAGAUGGCUGAUUCCGAUCCUGGGGAAAGAAGCUAUGAUAACAUGCUGAAAAUGCUGUCCGACCUGAACAAGGACCUGGAAAAGCUAUUGGAAGAGAUGGAAAAAAUCUCAGUGCAGGCAACCUGGAUGGCCUACGACAUGGUGGUCAUGCGCACCAACCCCACACUAGCAGAGUCCAUGCGCCGGCUAGAAGAUGCCUUCCUCAACUGCAAAGAGGAGAUGGAGAAGAACUGGCAAGAGCUACUCACUGAGACCAAGCGCAAGCAGUGAGCCACCAUCUGUCACCAGCCUGUGGGGUGAAGCCAGGGACAUGAGUCCAGAAGCCCAGACGUGUAGCCGUGUACAUGGUACUUGUUUCUCAAUAAACUUAUUUUCA